ACCGAAGCUAUAGAGAAGCUGUGCGAGGCCGUCCCUCCGGACUUAGUGCACCUGAUUCGAAAAUACCCUCAGAUUUUCCCGGACGAUCUGCCAGCGGGACUCCCACCAAGCCGACCUCAGGACCACCGAAUCGAGCUGGAACCAGGCACCCAAGCAACGGUAUAGCCCCAAUUCCGGCUCAGCCAACCCGAACUCGAAGAAUUAUAGCAGCAGCUGGAUUACCUUCUGACGAAAGGAUUUAUCCGGCCCAGCACGUCACCAUACGCCGCCCCGAUACUGUUCACGUCGAAGAAGGAUGGAGGGUUCAGAAUGUGUAUCGACUACUGCGCGCUCAACCGGAUCACCAUCAAGUCGCGUUACCCGAUUCCGCGAGCCGACGAACUUCUCGACCAACUUCGUGGAGCCAAGUUUUUCUCGAAAAUCGACAUGCGAGGAGGUUACCAUCAGAUCCGCGUCGCCGCCGAAGAUUGUCACAAGACGGCAUUUCGAACCCGCUACGGCAGCUACGAGUACCUGGUGAUGCCUUUUGGCCUCACGAACGUGCCUUCGACCUUCCAAAUGACCAUGAAUGGAAUUUUCAGGGAACUCUUGGACAAAUGCGUCAUCAUCUACCUCAACGAUAUGCUAAUCUAUAGCUGCAGCAGGGAGCAGCACUUACAG